UGGAGCUAUACAACAGUGAGCUCUGAGACUACACAUCUCAGCUCAUAUUCCCCCCAUCAGCAGCAGACAAACAAUUUCCCGAUCGCUGCUGUGCCGUUAUCAAAGAGGGGAGAAUGGCGCACAGACUGAAUGGAGAGGACAUACCUCUGGAUAAACUGGGUGACAUAGAGGUCCUGAAACCUAAUGUACCCUCUGAACACCCGCAGGCACACACCCCCUCUAGAAACUGCCCCAUGAACUUGAAUCACUACGCCACUAAGAAGAGCGCGGCUCAGAGCAUGCUGGACGUUGCCCUGCUGAUGGCCAACUCGUCUCAGCUGAAGACCGUUCUCUAUGUGGGGCCUCAUUACCGUUUCUACAUCCCCCUCCUUGUCCUGCUGUCUCUGUCCAUCACUUUACAGGUCUUGGUGGGGCUGCUGCUCGUAUUUAUUGUGAAGUAUGAUCUGAACGACGAGAGUAAACACGCCAAGUUGAACAGGAUGAACAACGUAGCGACAGUGCUUGUCUUCUUCACCGUCCUCAUCAACAUCUUCAUCACAGCGCUUGGAUAUGAGGAAAAUGCUGUCAGGUCAUCAGGGUCACCGGUGAUGUCAGAGCCUCCGCUUUCCCUUCUGCCCUCCGACCUGAACAUGGCUGUUGGCAUUUAGACUGUCUUUGGACCAAAAUAAGACUUUCUUUGUCCACCUUUUAUCUCAAAGCCUUGAAAUCUAAAGGGUUAUGGCGGGACAGCAGCCUUUUUUCUAACGUCUGUAUUGGCUCCCUGCAGUGAAGGAGAACUCGAGUCCUGGACUCUGACUCGAGUCGCUAUUCUCUGGACUCGUGACUCGAUUUGGACUUGGAUGACUUAGACUUAAGGAUUUAUGAAAUUGGGCUUGAGCAUUCAUGAAAUAGGAUUUGGAAGUUGGAUGAAGUUUCUGACUACUUUUAUGUGUAAUAGGCAGUGAUGGAGUACUCAAAUCUGACUCGAGUCGCUAUUCUCUGGACUCGAACUCAGGUAAUGGUGACUCGACUCAGACUCUUCUUUGGUGACUCUGACUUGAACACUGGGGACUUGAGACUUGAUUCGGACUUAACAGUUGGUGACUCGACUACAGCACUGGCUCCCUGUUCAAAUUCUGACUGGUUUGUGCAAAGAUUCACCAGCUGGAACAAACCUUUAAUUCCUUAAUGGAUUUAAUAGAUUUACCAUGAAAGACUUUUGUGAAUGCAGGCUGAGACUUAUACAACCUCUGGCUCACCAAGUAAAUGUAGAUGAACUGCAUUUAUAUAGCGCUUUUCUAGUCUUAACCACUACUCAAAACGACGUACACAUGGGCGCCAUUCACCACGGCGCCCUAUUCAUACACUGGUGGCCGAGAUUGCCAUACAAGGUCUCCUCAGAUAAACAUUCAUGCACAUUCAGACACCGAUGGCACAGCAUCAGGAGCAAUUUGGGGUUCAGUGUCUCGCCCAAGGACACUUCGACAUGUAGACUGCCAGGGAUCGAACCACUGACCCUGAUUGGUAGACGACCGCUCUACCACCUGAGCCUCAUCCUCACUGACUAUCGACCACAACCUCAACUCAGAAUCACAGCUGUUGAAUUAAACUUGUGACGCCGUAGGACUACCAGUUUUGGCUUGUGUCUGUCUCUUUCAGAUACCUGGAGCCAGGCGUUGUAAACAUUCAGGGCCCAAACACUAGCAGGGAGGUAGGGGGGUGGGGGGCAUGCUUUAUUUACAGCAGCUAUAUGCACUAUUUUUCAAGCCAUUUGACAAAAUAAUGCCUAAAAAUUUGUACAUGAUUUAGGAAAAACAAGAUAGAUGCCAAGGAAAAGAAUGAUCCUGUAGACCUGUCUUCAUCAUUCUGAAACCAGAACACAAUACAUGUUAAGGAUUUUCACUCCUGACACCUAAAGACAGGCAAAAAUGGUCUGAUGUUACUAUUUUUGAAUUAUAUAACAUAAGUUGGAAUUUGGUGUUAACAGCAUUGAGUAGAGUUCACAGAAUUAAUGUCAAUAUUUCACAGUAACAGAGCUUUUGCUCUGUUGGUUUGCCGGUCCAGUCAGAGAGACUGAGAUAAAUGACAGACAGAUUCCCUACUUUUAAAGUGCUCAAAUUAUGCUUUUUCCCUUCCCUUAUUGUUAUAUAUCUUUUUUGUGCAAGUUAUUUACAAAGUGAAAAAGUC